GCUCCUCACCGUCAACGAACUCAGUAUCAAAGACCAAACGUUAUCUGUAUCCGCGCUGUUAACUAUGCUUUGGACGGAUGCACGUUUGAGCUGGAUGACUGGUAGAACCCAGGACUACAGUAAUAUUAACUACAUGUACGCCACCGAGAAACAAGUCUGGACGCCGACUAUCUACGUGGAAAACUCAAUUGUGGAUCUUUCUGUGAUAAGCGACCCAAACACUCCCAUGAGAGUGGACAAAAAUGGCAGAAUAAGAUGGAGUACCUCUGCUAUCUACAUCGUUAGCUGUGAAUCCGAGAUCACGUAUUAUCCACUGGAUCAUCAGACGUGUACCAUCAAACUAGCCACGGCAGGGUACACCGCAGCGAACAUCGCACUCAGGUUCAACAUUGCCCCUGUCUCUCUGUAUUAUUACACCGAAAAUGGGGAAUGGGAACUACUCUCUGUUGAAAAUACCAAACCUGCUGAUAACUUCAUGGGAGGGGAGCCUUACUCUAAGGUCAUAUUUAGUAUACACAUGCGCAGAAGACCCAUGUUUCACAUCCUAAAUACCAUGUUCCCCGUCGUCCUGAUGGCUUUUCUGAUCCCGAUGGCGUUUAAGCUUCACGUGGAUUCCGGUGAAAAAAUGGGAUAUUCAUUAACAGUUCUCCUCGCCUACGCCGUGUAUCUCUCCAUGAUAUCCGACAACAUACCAAGCACAUCUGUGUCAAUAUGUUUUCUAUCUAUAUACCUGGCCACAACACUGGUCCUAUCCACCAUGUCAGUAUUGUUUGUCAUUAUCGUCAUUAACGUUCAUCACACACCAGAGGACGAACCCAUGUCUCCCAGAGUGCAAAACAUUGCUUAUAAACUGGAAUGUUGUUUGUGUAGAGGAAGGAGGGACACAUCUACAAACAAAAUAAUAAAAGUGGCCCCUUCCCCGGAUGAUUCUAUUGACAAGCCCACCAUUUUGAAUGAUAGAGAAGAAGACGAAGAAAAAAUGUCGUGGGUUAGACUGUCCCGGCUCUAUACAUUAAUUGGGGGGGGGGGGGGUAAACCUCCCCCUCCCUCGUACUCCCCGGCCCUGGAGAGUCAGCUGAGGACCGAGAUUUUUACCGGCUACUCCGUGCUGCAGAGACCUACCAAACAAGUACUGGUCAGAGUAGAACUCACUCUACUCACAGUAAAUGACCUGGUCUGGUAUGAUCCUCGACUGUCGUGGGUCAGCAGCCGGAAUCUCUCACAGGACUACACCAAUAUCAUCUUUAUGUUCAGCAAUGAGAACUACGUCUGGAAACCGUGCGUCUUCAUUGAAAAUUCAAUCGACGAUCUGUCCGUGAUAAGUGACCCUAACACCCCGAUGCGUCUAAACAUCAUUGGUUUUGUGAGAUGGAGUCCUUCAGGUAUCUUUAAGGUGAACUGCGAGUCGGACAUAACCUACUACCCAUUAGACUAUCAAACAUGUGACAUCAAAUUAACAACCUCCAGUUACACAUUAUGGGAAAUCAGACUCGGUAUGGCCGAUGAACCCGUCAAUCUGAAUUUUUACGCCGAGAAUGGGGAAUGGGAGCUACUCUCAGCGCUGGGGAUGGCUUCUAAUGACAAAACCAGGGGAGGCCAAUCUUUCUCCAGUUUGAACUACAGAAUAAGCAUGCGCAGAAGGCCAUUAUUCCACGUGUUGAACACAAUGUUUCCGGUAGCCUUAAUGGCAUUCCUUAUUCCGCUGACUUUCAAACUUCACGUAGAUUCUGGAGAGAAAAUUGGAUACUCUUUAACAGUCCUGCUAGCUUACGCUGUCUAUCUGUCUGUUAUAUCAGAAAACAUUCCAAGCACCUCCGUGUCUGUUUGUUACAUGUCGAUUUACUUGGCAGCGGUUCUUGGAGCUGGGACUAUAGCCGUCUUGUUUGUCAUCAUUGUCAUCAAUGUUUACCACAACCCAGACACGAAACCAGUCCCUACCUGGACCAGACGGUUUACCAUUCUCCUCAUGAAACUCUUCUGUAUGUACCCUACCUGCCGUCCUUGUAAAUCAAACAAAACGAGACCUGUUGAAAAAACUCCUGUGACGGAGUUAGUGAAGAUGCCCGUCAUUUCUAAUGAUGACGUCAUAGAAGAGGAGGAGGAAGAAGAGAAGACUGAGUUAACAUGGAAGAUGGUCUCCGAGGUCCUGGAUCAUUUCUUUUUUAUUGUAUUUAUGCUUGUCGUUCUUGUGUCAACAAUUACUUUUGUAGCCGUCAUAGUGAUGAAGUACAUAACGUACUGAGACAUCUUAAAAUAUCGUGCAAAUACUUGUGAAUCGUAAACAGUUUAUUACUGACACGUAUCUGUACUUAUCUUCAAAGACUUUAGGCAAUGUCUUGUUAAACAUUUAUUUGUAAAUAUUUACAUUUCCAAAUAUAUUUCCUCAAGAUUUCUUGCAAAUUAGAGAAAGUCCAUGUUCUCAUGAACUGCCAUGGGAUGAGUAAGAAUGAUUU